AUGUCGAUUACAACAUUUCAGAAGGUGACUCUUGCGUCGUGUAUUGUGUUAUGUAUAUCUUUAUUCCUUCCGAAAAUGAUCUUAAACGGAGUGCAGAAGGAAAUUAUGCAGAAGGCGGGUAAGGGAAUUAUCCAUCCACCGUCCCCAGAUGUGCCCAGCCAUUUCCCUGCUUUCCCCAACCGAGCUUUGAUGUCGGCAGUUGUUUUCGUAUCUAGAACUCACCUGCCAAAUAGCCUACCUGUAACGACGUCCUUAAAGUUCCUGAAGGCUGUCCUCUCAUCCCACUUUACAAUCAAAGGAUACACGUACACAGGAAUGCCCCGCAAACAGCCCCCAGAAGGGCUGGAGCCCUGGGAGACAGAGUCAGUGUACCCGGGCACUCUCGGCUCCGAGGCCAUCGCCAAGGCACAGGUUAAAGGGACCAUGGGGGGAAACAAGAAGUCCAGCCAUUUGGGGCAGAUAGUUCCCAUAUAUGGAAUCGGGAUCCUCUUUUACAUCCUUCACAUCUUUGUCAAGCUCACAAGACAAGAUAAGAAAGCUAAACCAGCUGGCAGAUGCCCCAUCUCAAAUGACGCAGAGUCUGUAGCAGAAAAUAUAAGUGAGGAGGAUCUGGCCAAGCUGGAGGCCCGACUAGCCCACGCAGAGAUGUUGAUGAGCAAAGUGAUGUCCUCAUCGUCCACCGGGCCCGAGAGUGCCAAAUCCCAGCGUUCCUCGCGUAAGAGGCGACAGUCAAGUUUACUGCGUCGGCUGCGGAGGUUUGGCCGAUCGUUCCAGGAGGAUCAACGGGAAGAGGUCACUCCAGAGAUGGAGGCUGAGGAGGUGUCCUACACAGUGGACUGGGAAGGCUACCCAGAGGAGACCUUCCCCAAGUACGACGAGCCCUGUGGCCCUCGCAAGUACGAUACCAUCAUCGUAGAGGCCCCCGAUCCUGACCAACCCUCCGCGGAGGAGUUAGCCGAGCAAGUGGCCAAAGAGGAAAUGGAGGCGCAGAGAGCGCUCGGAGUGAUCGAAGAGGGAGAUGAAGAGGAGGAGGAGGAGGAGGAGGAGGAAACAGAGGAGGAGAAGACAGAGGAAACAGAAGAGGAAGAGGAGGAGGAUGAAGAAGAGGAUGAUGAGGAGGUUGAGACAGAAGAUGAUGAGAUGUUGUUGUUUAAGGAGGCGGAGGCGGAGGAAGAGGAGGAGGAGGAGGAGGAGGAAGAGGUCGGAGAGGAGACUCCAUGUCUGCCCCAGCCAGAGAGCAGGGAGGAGCGGAAAGAUCUGAGCCUGGAACAGUUCUUAGGGCUGGCCUCUGCAGACCCAGAGUGUAGACGUCGACGCAUCACCUUCAGCGAACACAAAGACAUCUUCCGCUACCCGCGUGAGGGCACCAUCGACGAGGAGGAUGAUGACGAUGAAGAUGAUGAUGAUGAGGAGGAGGACGAUGAUGAAGAAGAUGAGGAGGAGGAGGAAGAGGAGGAGGAGGAGGAGGAGGAGGAGGAGGAGGGAACGGAGCUUCCGGCCUCCCCCAGGGUGCCUGAGGUGGACCCUCUGAUGGAGGCGGAGAGUCUGAGGUUCAGCACUGAGGCCUCUGAGGACGAGGCCGAGACCGAGCCCGAGCCCAUGGAACAGGCAGAGGAAGAAGACAACGAUGAUGACGAUGAUGAUGAUGAUGAUGAUGACAGUGAUGAUGAUUACGAUGAUGACCAGGAUGACCAGGAAGUGGGCCUUGAGGAGUUCCUCAGCACGUACCGUCCAGUGAUGAACGAGAGACUCAGCCAGGCCAGGGUGGACCCGCCGCCAACCUCCAGCCAACUCCGAAUGCGCAACAAGGGCAAAGAUAAAAAGGUCUGA